AUUUUCUUUAUUUUAUUUUUUCUUUCAAUUGUCAUUUGACAACAUGAGGACGUUAAAAUGGCUUGUUCUGUUUCAAAUGGCGACUAUUUCCUUGGUAAGUGUAUGCAAUGAUUUUGUACUAUCUUGGCUUCAGCCAAGCUUGUGUAAACAUUGAAAAUAGAAGUUCACGUGUCGGGUAGGUCUCCUGUCAGCACAGUGGCGGGUAGUCAACAGACUGCACCACCGACAAGCUUACUAGUCCUCUGUCUGCACCGUUAAAAAUAAAUACCUUUGGGUCUCUGAAUAUUGCGUUAAUGUGAAGGCAGUGUGAAUUUGAAGUUACAGUAGAGUAAAUGCAGUCGUUUUACCUUUACAGUGUACAUUUAUGGCCAGAUGGGGCCAACCCACUACUAGAAUCCAGAAAAGAAAAGUAGGGUACUGUACUCUGUAAUGAAGGUGAUGUUGACCACAGUGUCUUCUAUACACUACGAUAGAGACAGAAAGGAACAGUGUAGUUAUCUGACUCCAAUGCAUGACAUUGAUUACAUGACAGAUAACGUUAACCUGGCUCAAGUGCUCAUAUUUUACCUGGGUUCCUGAAUACCAUUGGAAUAUUGGACCACUGCUGCCCUUUAAACCCCAGUGGCACACAAGGUCCCAGUUAGGGUUCCCAAACAGAGAUGAAAAGUGACACAUUCAGGUCUGGAAAUAUAUACAGCCCGCUGUGCGGAAACCAUUUAGCCCCCACCACCCAAUCACCCUGAACCCAGGAUGGCAUGGCAGGAGAGGGAUCCUUUGGAUGAUCUUACCCAACUGUCGACAGGCAGACCCAAAACCUUUUUAGCAGGGUUAUGGGGGGCUGUAGUGUUGGGACUCGGGGAGGGGGUCACAUUGAAUUUCUCUUUCAUCCCUGCUCGUCUCUGCCAAGAGGAAGGUGACAGCGACAGAGGGUGGGAAAAUGUCCCACGGGGGUAGGUGAUGCUGGGUAUUUAGUGAAUAUUUAAACCAAACACACUUUGAAGAUCUUCUGUGCUCUGUGUAGCCUGACUCCACUUGAAACAAACAGUUUAUUAAUGUUUAGGCUAUGAACGGCCCUCAUUGAAAUCCUUUUUUCAACCCUCUGUAUUGCGCCAUUCCCUCAAACCUGUCUGUCUCCAUGCUGCCCCCUGUAGGUGAGUGCUGGCUGCCCUGUGGUGUGUGAGUGCCCGGCUGGCCCCCCCUCCUGUCCCCCGGGGGUCAGCUCUGUACCUGACGGCUGUGGCUGCUGUAAGGUGUGUGCUGCCCAGCUCAACCAGGACUGCCACGACUCACGCCCCUGUGACCACCACAAGGGGCUGGAGUGUAACUAUGGCAACGACGUGGGCCACACUCAUGGCAUCUGCAGGGGUAUGUACACAAUACAAGCGGGGUUAUCAGGGUUCAUGAGGGUUGGGUUUAGUCUGGGGUUGUAUGGAUUCAAUGAAAAGUGAAUGUUGGUUGUCUUUGAUAUGGAUCUGGGGUUUGAAACUGGUGCCAUGUUUAAAAGAGAGAGCACCUUCAUGAGCCACACUACUGAGAGCAAGGGGCAGGAUUUAUUUAUCUAGCUCCGUGUGUUGCCGCACGCGCGCACACACAGGGGUAUUUUUUAUUGGGGGGGGGGUUCUAUAUAAAGGGGGGUAUUUGGGGGUGUUGUAUGGGAGUCCCGCAGAGGGACUGAAGCGGAACAACAUUGUAAACAAGUCAAAAUUCCUCCCUGGACUAAGAAUAGAGGCUCCUUCAUAAAACUGUGAAUAGAGUGUCUCGCUCCCCUCUCACUCUCUUUCUCUCUCUACCCCCUCUUCUGUCAUUUCACUUCCUACUUCUCAUACACAAUUAGUUCUGGGCCUUUCUUGUUGAUGUUCCCAUUCUCUCUCUCUAUUCCUUUGUCUCUAUUGUUGUCCCUCUCCUCCACUUUGUUUAUUACCUCACUCAACCUGAACUCAUUGUGUUUUAAGCAAUACAACCAAAGGCAUGGCCAUUAGCUAGUGAUACCUCAGAGCCCUCUACAUACAGACAUCAUUAAGUCUAUCCUUUUUUAUCUGUCUCCCCUAACAGCGCAGCUCGAGGGUCGCUCCUGCGAAUACAAUGGCCGGAUCUACCAGAAUGGGGAGAAUUUCCGGGCUGGCUGCAAACACCAGUGUACGUGUAUCGACGGGGCAGUGGGCUGCGUGCCCCUGUGCCCCAGCCACGUGCCCCUGGCAUCGCCCUCCUGCCCUGCCCCGCGCCUGGUCAAGGUGCCUGGGCAGUGCUGCCUCAGUAUCGACUGCCACAAGGGCUCAUCCGUUGUACCCCCAGUACACCGGCGCCCACUGCCUCCAGCUUCUCCCCCUUUCCCCUUCAUGCCCUACCCUGCCUACCCCUACAAACCAUACCCCAAGCCAUACCACUACAAACCCAAGGAUACCAUGGGAAACGAGCUGGUGGAGGUAGAGAAGAAGUGGGACAAGCUGCGCGGGAACAAGCACCUGGCGGGUAAGAGAGGGCGCCGUGAUGUCGCCUCAGAGCGCCGUCUGUUUCCUCCCCACAGUAAAAUGCCAUGUUUGUGUUUUAGCCUUUUAGCCCCCGACUCAAACAGACCCACUGUGCACCCCUUUCCCCUGCAUCUGUGUGUGUGUCAGUGUUUGAGUGCGCCAUGGUUUCCACUGACUACUUGCGCACCAGAGGCACACACACACCACUCUCACACAGCAAAUACCUCUGUCGUCCAGCUUUUCCUUCUCUGUAAUCACCCUCUCUAUGCGUCAGUGUUGCCUGUUCUGUGAAUGAGGCCAGUGUGCAUACAUCUCUCUCUGCCUCUCCCUGGUCCUCUCUCCCCCACUCUAUCCUUCUCUUCCUCUCCUUCUGUCCAGCGUGGAGGCAGUUUGGAGGGCAGUGUGUGGUCCAGACCACAAGUUGGUCCCAGUGCUCACGCAGCUGUGGGAUGGCCGUGUCCUCUCGUGUCACCAAUGACAACGCCCAGUGUAAGCUAGUGAAGGAGACGCGUCUGUGCAACAUCCGGCCCUGCAGCUCCAUGUCCAUCCCUGUCAAGGUAAAGUGUGUGUGUGAAGGGUCUAGAAACCGUAAAGAGCAAAUGAAGGUAAUAAACAACUUCUCUUGUAGUAAUCGGCCUAUAUGAGUCAGAAACAUGUACUCUAGGGUCAAAAUUGACUACAAAGUCUAAAUAGGAUCAUUUGGGUCAUAAAGUCAGUCUCCUCCCAAAUGGAGAUUUACGAGAUAAUUAGGAAAAAAUGGUAUGUCAAGGAAUGAAGGGUACCGUAACAUCUUUUUUGGGGUUGGGUUUAUUUCAAGCCUGCCCACAUGCCCACAGCACCCAAGUAAUCAUCAAUUCGGAACCCAGCUGCACGCAUCCCCGAUCGUAAUGCCCAUGGUAAAUUUAGUUUAACAUUCAAUAUCACUAUGGGGCUAGCUAAGGACCAUCAAUAAAUCACACAAUGUACAUGGGACAAUAUUAAAAAAUGUCAACCGCUCCAAAUUUGACUUCAUUAUAAGCUGUAGAAAUUCAUAUACAAAUAUUGAAAGCAUUUAAUGAGACAACUGACAGAUAUGUAACAUGAAAAUAUUGUCCCAUUUACAUUGUGUAAUUUAUUGACUGUCCCUAACUAGCUACACAGAUAGGCUAUCCAAAGUCAAACCAACUUUGCCACGGUCGCACACUGGCCGGCUGAAGCUAAUCGGCAAAAGAAGUUGGCUAGCCUGCUAGCUAGUCUAGGCUACUUUCAGACAAGACCUGGUUAGACUGUUUCACCUUAUCUAGAACAGGGGUUCCCAAACCUAUGGGUCACGGCCCCCAAAAGGGGGCGCCAACGUUUCGUGGAGGGGCGUGGGACAUUCCUUGAUUUGAGAUGACGCAUACAUCUGCGAUGCUUUAGGCUAGAAACAAGUAGUAAAAUGCCAGAGGAACACUCGAAUGAUACACAUGGAAAUAUAUUUGGUUUGGCUCUAUGACAUUCAGAAGCGGAGCUACGACCUUCUAAAGUCGAGGAGUCAAAGAAAUUGGACUUUGCUUGAAAAGUAAUCUUAUACAAUGUGUGACUGUCGCUAUCAAUUGAUCUAUUCACUUUGUGUAAAAGAGAAUAUGUAUAAUUAAAUUGAGAGUUCAUAUAAAUAUCAUAAAACCCAUUUGGUAGCGGAAUAACAUUUGGGGAAAUGGGGUCUAGAACUUAUUUUCCUUAUCUAUUAUUAUCAUCAAAAGAUGUCAAGAGUCUUGUUAAACUACAUAGAAUUACAGGAAAUGAGCUUCAAAUAACAGCAUUUUCCUAAAUCUCUCACAUUAAACCAAAUCAAGCUGGUUGUGUAUUUAAUAUAGGCUAUAUCAUUAAACAAGGGGGGGCCUGACUUUUUUUUUUUACGUGAAAAAAAGGUUGGGAACCCUUCAUCUAGAAGAGUGAGUGACUGUGUACUGUUUUGGCAGAGUGAAAGUACAAAUGCUUCCCAUAUUCUUACACACACAAAGAGGCACCCACAUCAAAGCAUGCCUCCAUGACCAAAAUCUUGUUCUCAGUCGCAUUUCCUAAUGAGGAGAAUUGAAACCGAGGCUAAUUCAGGAAGUUCAGCCCGCCUUUAAGGAAGGGAUGGCAGUGGUCACCAUUUUGGUGUGGCAACCAUUUUAUAGUCCCCCUGCCUUCAUACAUUGUAGAUACAUGUAUUUAGGUCUAUGCCUGCAUCCCAGUCUAAACCUUAAGAGACUGUGUGGACAGGGGUGCGCCCACGAGAGGUCACAUCGAUAUUAACAUCAUGGUAUUAAGUGCCCCUCCCUCUGGCAAGCUCACCCAGUGUGGAUCUGAGCCCACUCUAUUCACUUUACUGUUGCUGAGGAACAAGUUUAACUGAACUGUGAAUGGAAAAGGCAUCAUUAGAAGACCUAAAGACCAACAGUACAAGGCCAAAUAGUUGUGUCAGGUGACAGUGGAAAGUAGAGACUGUAGUAGUUCUGUGGGAGCUAACAUGUAGCCACAUCCACCAUGCUACCAACCUCUCCCACUCUGCCCAAGUCUCCGUGAGGUGUUAAUAGGCCCUUGUGUGUAUGACGCAAAGCACUCUCUAUUCUCCCACUCCCUCACUUUCUUUCCUUUCAUGUAACACCCUUGAAAACGCUCUCCCCCUCUACAUCUCACCAGAGCAGUGAUUCACUGAUGAGUCUGGUUGUCAGGCACCUGUCUUAGUAUGUUCUUCCUGUCUUUUGAGAGUUGUUGGGGCGUUAAUGUGACACUAUGCCACCUCAUAACUGUUGGUGUUGGAUGCCCACCCACCCAUACCAUCACCGUGCCCUUCUCUAGCCCUAGUCUUGUUGUUUUGACCUUUCGUCAAGUUUCUCUCCCUUUGCCAGCAUAAUAACUGCAGUUGUGGUUCACUGGGAUUGUACAGUUCUAACCCACACUGUCUUUCUCUUCUACUCUCCACAGAAAGGGAGGAAGUGCUCCCGUACCCACAAGGCCCCAGAGCCCCUACGUCUGUCCUAUGCUGGCUGCCGCAGCACGCGUCUCUACCGGCCCAACUACUGCGGCGUGUGUGUGGACGGCCGCUGCUGCUCGCCCCGCCGCACACGCACCGCCUCCGUGACCUUCGCCUGCCCUGAUGGCGAGCGCUUUCGACCGCUCCGUCAUGUUCGUGCAGUCCUGCAAGUGCAGUGAUAAGUGCAGUCAUCUGAACGAGGCUGCCCUCCCGCCCCAGCAGUGGCUCUACGGAGACACACACAAGUUCACCGACUAGCGUCCCCCUCAAAUCCCUCACUCGCUCCCCAUCACUUUACCCCCCAAACCAAGUCCCUGAUAGAGUAGCAGUCCUAAGUGUAUCUUUGAGUAGACGCUAGCCAGAUGCACAAAUCCCCCACCACCCUCCUGGAGCAUGUUUUGGGAGACCUGGGUGAAGGAAACUGAUACGUUGAUCUGCACUCUGGACAGAGAUGAGUGACUAGUGCCGGCCUUAGAGUAGACACCUGGUCCAUUGUGGUUCACCAACCGGAAUCACCAAAGUGUGUAAAUAGACAAACAUGGAUUUGACCGGCCACCAUUUUGUCACUCACCAUGCACUCCUGUACUCUGGGACUGAACCCUGCACUGUGGGGACGAUAGAGAAAGGUGGGACUAACCCAAUGCAGACUCCAACCCAACUGAUGCACACACCCAGUAGACUUGUGGACGUGGGAUGGUAAGGUGUUACAUUUCAUGGUGACUGCCAGCAUAGAGUAGGCCUGUCAAUGGCAAGCAGGUUUGGUUUGAGAGGAAGGAGAAUCAGACUCGCAAAAAAACGGAAUGACUUCUCCAGUAGAUUUCCAAUACCUGCUAUUUGCGUAACCAAAUGAAAACACUAAAAGACAACGUUUUGAUGGGACAAAAUAUGGAGCCUCCACAGAAUGCUCUGGAAGGGACAUUUGUAUUUGUAAUGAUAUUUAUUCCAAGGUAUUUAUUGUUGUGACAGAGACGAUGACACAGUGGUUGCCAAUGAGAGAAGCGAUGCUGCUAUGUUUGGAGAGGGAGGGCCCUGAGAGAGACAAAACAGCUGAGAGCUGUCAGCAGAGAGGGAAGUUCCAGGGUCUGGGAACUGACCCCUGGUCACACAAGUGUUCACUGUAAUCAAACAGCCACAUUACCUGAGCAAUAGUGGACGAAGACAACUCCCCAAGGAGAGAUGUUAUGGUUAGAGAGACUUUAUGUGUGCGUGAUAGGUCAAAGGUCAUUUACACAGUUGGACCAGUCUCCAUUUCUUACUCCUCUAUGCCUCAGCCCUGAAACAGUGAGACAUUUAACCUAGCGCCAGCGGAACAAGCCUCGGAUUCUGGCAUCGAGAAGUAAUGUCGCUAAUUUGAAGCAAAUUACAAUCCUGACUGAGGGGUAGAAAGAGCCUCAGCCACCCUCUGGUUUGUUAUUUAAAAAAUCUAGCAACUAAUUCACAAUACUCUUACUCAUGUUGCUUUAUGUUUAUGUGGAGUCUAAUUCUGCCCUCUGCCAUUGAAGGUUGACAUGUCAACGAUUACAUCAUGCUCAUUAGAGACUGAAGCAGACAUGAGGACACUACAAAGGGGUCAGGGGUUAGUACCACAGGAGUUACAAAUGGCCUCCUUUGCAAGGACAUGCGUCAGUAGUCUGUUAUAGCACCUCGAAAAGAUAAGCAUAACAGUUGUCUGAAGAUGGAGGUUAAGAUUCUGUAUUGGUGAGACAUGGACCUCUUUAGAAUUACAAAAAUGCCAAAUUCUUCCCUAUUAGGACAGGUUAAUAAUUCAUGCACCUUAGCACCUUUGUUCAUUACUGAAUCGGAGUGGUAUAUCUCAGACUAAAAUACGUGUAAUUCACAUGCUUUUCCCUCUGACUCCAUGAAAAGUAUUAGAGGAUUCAAGUACUGAAGCCCAUAUUACAUUGUAGUCCAUGAGAUUUUUUAACCUGCCUUGUUUUAUUUGUAUUUGUUUAAGUGUUGAUUUGUAUUUUUCUAUGAUUAAACUUUGUACAACUUCUAGGUUGGGACAGGCUUUGAUAGUUGCCUCACACAGCCUGUUAGGGUGAUUUACUUUGUAAAAAGAAAAAAAAAAGUGACGUUAUCAUCUGAUUGGUUAGACACUGCCAUCACUGUUGCCCAUGUAGAUUGUGGUUUGAGAAAAGUAUUUGGUUUUAUAACUGGACACUAUAGAGCAGCUAUGUACAGAUGCAUCCUUUUGUUUGUAGAGUUUCUGCUGUAUACAAGCCAAUCCAUUUGAGUUAUAACCAAUUAACCAGUCCAUGUAUAGCUAGCACUGAGCAAGUCUGGGUUCUGUGAUGUGAGCACAGCACACUGCCAUUUGGAAAUCUCUCUGCGCUUUAUUGAACAAGUGAUUGAUGAAAACUUGUAAAAAGGCAAACAUCUGGUUGUUUUGUCCUAACUUUGAUUUACAGGCUAAUUGAGUUCAUGCUGCAUUUGUAAUAAAGUAUUUGUUUCACUCAAAACCAUACCACAAGCGAUGCGUGU